UAUGAACACAUUUAUGCAUCAUUAAUAAGUAUGAGUUUUAAUAAUUUAAGUAAAUGGCAGAAUCUAGUACUGCUAAUUUUGUAAGGUUUACACAUUUAAGAGAUUUUAUCUAGCUGGUGGUUUAAUAUUUCCAUAUUGAUGUUGCCUACAAGAUUAAGAGUUCUCUCACUAUUCAGAAUAGAGAAGCUUAAAAAAGCCUAGAACACAUUAUAGAAGAUACGGAAAAAUGAUU